GGAAGAAAUAGUGCCUAUGAAAACUGUUCAAAACAAGAUCUGUUGAUUAUCCAGAUUACCAGGGACAGUUUCUUGUAAUUUUCCAAUAGUGUAACGUUAACAUUUACAAAUUAUAGUCCUGUGUAAAGAUACUGGGGAGGCAAAAAUGUCAAACUUAAAAUAAAUAAAUUAAGUCAAAGCUAAAUUAACUGCAUGGCUGGAUACCAUUAACGUUAGACAGAAGUGAGGAAGUGGUUUUGUUCCUUAUUUGGGUGGACAGACCCUUUAAACGCCACAAAAUCUAGCUACCAAUUAAUUUAAUUGGCAGGUUAACCAGGUGUUUAAAUAGAAAGGUAGUUAGCUAACGCCACCACCUCCAAACUAGUAACGUUAUUGCAACUGAAGUCCGCUAUUUCGUUUGAUAUUUUGUAAAAACGGUGAAAAUGACAACACAGCAGGUAACGUUAACAAGCGUGUGACAUUCAAGUUAAUUGACGUUAGUUUUUAGAUAACUUUGGCGUUAUCCUUUGUGCCAAGUUAGCUAAGUUAUGUUAGCUAAGUUAGCUAACGUUUAGCUAACGUUAAGGUAAGUUAGCUAAUUUUACGUCGUUGUAAUGGCGUCACACUAUGUUGCUAACACUUUGUCGACCUUAACGACUCCUUAUUUUUAUUUUUGGACGACUUUUUCGAAAACUCAACCCAUGACUGUUUUUCAGACAGUGUGGCCAAGCUUUCCACUCACGUUACCCUAUGAGGUGACUGUUCCUAGCCUAGGACAUAGGCCAUCAUACAUGGCAAGUGACUAUGCGGGCGUGGUGGUGCCGUCGCGGGUGAUACCCUCUUUUUACAAUACAGUGAUUGAAAAGCCAAGUCCAAAAAAUAGCAGGAAAUUCUUUCUGGAUAGGUCAGUAUAUGAUUUGGUGGAUGCUCAUCCAUACCUAUCCUUAACUGACCCAACGCUGCUGGGUUGGUAUCUCAGUUUGUCUCCAGAGGACAGAAAGAUCAUACAAGAUGACGGAGGGUUUCACCAGUUCCUGAAAAGACAUCCUGCCCUAGAAAUGUCUACGCAUCAUGUUUAUGUGAAGUGUAACAUUGGAAGUACCAGUCCUGCCCAGCCAACCAUGACCUCCAACAAGCAAAUAUCUAGAGCGUCAGGAGCAAAGUGCAGAUGUGAAAUGCCCCAAACACAUCCGUUGGAGAUGCUUCCCAAUAAUGUGAGGGAGACUUUAACCUUGCUUGGCUGUAGCAGCAGCUGGGAUGGAUCACAAAAACAUCCACAUGAGGAACAGCUAGUCCCCCUGCCAGACGGCGUCCAACCAGCGUUCAACAGCCCCAUCAUACAGGAACCAAACCAUCAGAAGGCCCAGAAAGUGAGGGAAGGUUCACAUCUGUCCCAGCUGAACAACGAAAGAAGACCAUCAUGGCAGAUGGUUAGCAGUAGCAGCAGUGCAGCUGUGUGCAAGGGUCCAGCAGCCCUGGCGAGCUUUUCUGUGGACAAAGAGCUGGAAAGAUGCAGACAGGGGGGAAAGCCUGAGCUCAGGAGCCAGAUUGUAAUGACACAAGGGCAGAGUGUUAACUUCACAUAUGCUGAAGUCAGUCCAUUUCCGUCAGAAUGGCCAACAGUUGAGAACGAGUCUACUUCUGAGUACUACAGCUUUGCCGGUAUCCAAAUGGAUGGUUCAGAGUACAAUGACAGGAGCGUUAUUCAGUCAGUAGAGCCAGAACAGGCCAGCUCUCUUCUGGACCCAGUUGAGGGAAAUAGAACAAAGGAGGGGUAUCAGGAUCACAUGGUCUAUGGUAAUGAGUACACCGUAGAUGAUGAUGAUGAUGAAGCUAGCUUAAGCUUUGAGGAUCGGAGUGACAACUUCCACAGCAUCAGGGAGGACGAUAACAGCAUACUUGUCUGUCUGGCCAGCGAAGAUGUGAAACCGCAUGCUAAUAGGGUUCACUCAUAUCCAGUCACCACUAAUAAUAAAGCACUGGCAGCCAGCAGGGAGACCCUGACGUCUGAUCAGUCUGUCAUCAAGACGAACACUGCAGAAAAGUACACCUCGCCUAUGCCAGGCGUUACUACCUGUGACAUUAUGGUUGGCACUGAGCUGGCACUGUGCAUGUCAGCUUUCACCCAAACUGAGGACCUAGGAACAUCUGACAAGCAUGUCAUUACUGAAGUCCACAUGGCAGAUCUGGACUACCUCGCUGAGGAAUUUAUCAAACUAAAGAUGGCUAAAGAGGAACUGAGAGAGCAAAAAGCGAAAAUGAAAAGUUCGUGUUGUAAUUUGAAAAAGGAAUGUGACUGUCUCCAGCGUACUCAGCAAGCAGAGCUGUGCCUACUGGCCCUGCAGUACAGCAUGUGCAGACAGCACUGCUGGAGACUCUACCAUACCUCUGCUGAGGGAGGCCAGCUCACCCAAAUGCCAAAGAACCCUCCUGAAAACAUUGCAAGUGUUCUGCAAAAACUGGAAUCUGACUAUAAUCAGAUGAAGGAUAAGAUCUCGGCAGGGGUUCCUCUGCAGCAACUUAAGCCUCUGUCUGUUGACUCUGAGAAGAUAACCACAGGAGCAAGUUACAUCCCUGCACAGAUUAUUGGUGAUAUGCUGGGAAAUAUUCCAUCUUGGACCUCCCAGGAGCCACAGCAACAUAAUACAUCAGAUGAGGAAAACGGAUGUCCUGAAAAUAAAAGCAGAAAUGGCUGCCAGCAUAGUCAGAGAAAGGAAAAACAGAUCAAGAAGGAGAACAGCAAAGUAAGUAGAGCUGUCACUGUUGUCCCCCAGGAUAGAGAUGCUAUCCAUAAUGCGCGCAAGCAAGAAGAAAAGGAGACAACUGCAUGCAAAGAGGUCAACACGCGUGAGGCGUGGUAUGAUGCCGAAGAGGACCUGGAGCCUGCAGGACCUGCAGUAGCUGCUGAGACGGGAGAGGACCCAACAGUGAUCCUAAAAGAUAAGAACAAUGAAUCAGCCAGCGAGGAGGCCAAGAGCACAUUACUCUGUGUUUCCAACCUGCCCAGUAAUGUGACAGAGAGUGAUGUGAUGCUGUGGUUUGAGAAAUACCAUGCCUCUGAAGUCAGCAUCUCUGCUUUAAAGAAUGAUUUGAGAGUUGCCAUAGUGAUGAUAAGUGGACCCCAAUCUGCCGAGGCUGCGGUGAGAGAGCUGAAUGGCUGCAGCAUGCAAGGCCAUACUUUACAUGUGGAGCACAUCAACCGAGCCAUUGGUGGGAGUCGCAGUCAGGCCUCAGCCUCCAUCAGUGGGCCCGAGCCUUCACAGGAUACCACCAAACCACAAACCUCCAAGCCUGACUCCAGCAACACUAAAAGAACGCUGAUAACUCAGCCAUGGCUCAGCUCCAGCAUUAAGAGCAGGAAGGUGGUCUGCAUCUCCCCCACGGCAAAGGGAACCUGUGUGCCCCAACACUAUGGCACCAUGGGCAGCUUCGACACCCUGAUGGCAGAGCUGACACAGCGCCACCCAGACAUUGGAAGGCAGAGGAUUGUGGAUGCUCUGAUUGAGCUGAAGGCCAAGCACAAGGGCGUCCUCAGCGGCCUGCCUCUCAGGACCAUCAGCGAGAUGACGUCCAAGCUUCUGACCAGGCCAUCGAGUGCCACGCAGUUAUGAGGAAGCAGGGCUCCAAAACUUAAGUUGGUACCAGUGAUUUGUUAGAAAAGCAUCACAACCCCUCAAGUUUUUCUUUACUAGUCAAAUAUUUCAAAGAAGGGGGAAGCAAUGAAUCUAAAAACCUGAAAAAGUUGUUCUAAAACUUUGCUACAGUCUACCAUAGUGUCUGUUCUUUUCAAGUAGCAUCAGAUUAUCGAUUGUUACUGAUUAAAGGGUCUUUGGAUCUUCAAAAGUUGGUACAUUGAAAGUUUGAGGGCUUCACACAGUGCCUCCUCUGCCAGUUAUUCGGCAGUUAAAUUUGUUUUAAAGAAAAUAGUUUAUGAUUUAUAAAAUGUUGUUGAAGGUUGCAUACAGUUGUAUAUGCAGCAGCUUUGUUUGUAUUUUAUGUCUGUCAAUAAAAAGGACACACAUUGAAAUGUU